GUUCAUGGCAACGAUCAGACUGUCAAGGUGUCGGGCAAAGGUACCGUAGCUGAAAGAGCCAGUGGGAAGAUAAGAGGCACGUGCACGAAGCUGUCUCCAAUCUCUGGCGCUUUCUCCAACGAGAAGAAAGCCUGGACCUCGACAAACAUAAAACACUCACUCUCUUCCAUCACCGUGAGACGAGACAGAACAUGGGCUUCCGAACGGGCUUUGUCAUUGUCUCGGUCGCGUUCCUCUACGGCGUCCUCUUCAUCACAUCCAUCUACGACUUUCCGCUCCUGUACACCGAAUACGGGCCGCGCGACGUCGACGCCGCCGAGCGCUUCUACCUGACGCUCUACAAUGGCCCCACGGCCAUCUCGGCGCUGCUCCACGGCAUGAUUGGCCUGGGCAUCAUGGGCCUGCUGGCCAAGCUGCACCGGUGGACAGAGAUGGCCAAGUGGUUCGACGGCGCCAGCCUGGCGCUCCUCAUGGGCUCGAUUGGCAUGUAUGGUGGCGUGCAAGUGCCCAACAUCCGGCUGCUGUCGGAUCCGAGCAACGAGUCGCUGAUCCUGCGCAGCUCGAUCCGCACCCAGCGCGAAAACUACAUCAAGUCCCGCGUCGACGCCGGCUUCAUGACUCGGGAGCAGGCCGAGGGCACCCCGCUCGGCUACCCGCUCUCGGCCGACGAGCGCGAGAGCGCGCUGCGCAUCCUCGCCGCCGGCAACACCAUCGUCAUGCUCCUCCUCGCUGGCGUCGUGCUGAUGCAGGCCUCCGAGUGGUGGCUCGAGCGCAGCGAGCGCAUCGAGGCCGACCAGAAGCGCGAGAGGGAGAUGAAGGAGCUCGGCGUGGGCGCGGGCAGCGCUUCGGGCAAGAGCAAGGCCGAAUAGAUGUAACAUCCACCCCAUGUAUCUCUUUUUAGGAUCUCAAUUUUAGGAAGUACAGUAACAUCACUGUUUGCGAGCAUCCUCCUGCUGGACCCAGUCGAGCCAGGAGCCCCUGUAGUUG